AGUUAGUCCGAUCUUUAUUUUGCUCCCCCUACACUUCUAGAGCAUGGUCGCGAACAUGAAAUAGUUUUGUUUGAGGGAUUGAUAAAACUAACUAUCUAGUCAAUAAUCUGAGGACUGCGAUGGGAACGGAAGGAGUUUGUGGAGAGAGUUUUUACCCCCGCGAUGAAGAGAUACAAAAGUGGAUGGACAAGGCGUUUGAUAUGGCUAAAGAUGCUCUGGCAAAUGGAGAGGUUCCUGUUGGAUGUCUUUUGGUUUAUAACAAUGAAGUCAUAGGGAAAGGAAGAAAUGAAGUUAAUGAGACAAAAAAUGCCACUCGUCAUGCAGAGAUGGUGGCCCUAGAUGAACUCAGAGACUGGUGUGGACUCAAAGGUUUAGACAUGAAAACAGUUUGUGACAAAACGGUGUUGUACGUCACAGUGGAGCCAUGUAUCAUGUGUGCUGCUGCGCUAAGACUCUUCAAUCUGCCUGUGGUGGUGUAUGGCUGUAGGAAUGACAGAUUUGGAGGAUGUGGUUCAGUUUUGGAUAUUUCUUCUGCAAAUUUACCACAAACUGGGACCAUGUUUAAGUGUGUUGCAGGCCACAGAGCAGAGGAAGCUGUGGAGAUGUUGAAGACUUUUUACAAACAAGAAAAUCCAAAUGCUCCAAAUCCCAAGACCAGAAAACAGUAGAACAUUUUUAUUUUUAUUUGUAUUUUUGUAUUCACUGUAACUAAUUAAAUAUGUAUCUUUAAUAC